AUGGCAGCGACAAUUGCCUCUCCGGUAGUGUCGCCCAUCGGCAAGACUCGAUUACAGGCUUCCUGGAGUCUGCCGCAACGCGGCAAGGGCCUGGCACCACUGGGAGAAGAUUGGGUUUUAAUUGACUGUGAACAUGGAGAUAUCGACGACAAAGAAAUGUACCUGCAAGUUGGGGCCAUUUCCUCUGCUGGUGUAUCCCCGAUUGUCCGUAUUCCAGCAGCAGAGCCGUGGAUGAUGAAGCGAGCCCUCGACUGUGGUGCGCACGGUAUUAUGGUUCCUAUGUGUGACACCAAAGAACAGGCUGAGGCAAUCGUGCGAAGCUGUAAGUAUCCUUCCACGCGCUGGCCUCAAGGCGUGCGAGGAGCAGGCGCGAUGUUCGCUCCAGCGGCCUUCAACCAGAAUGGCCGUGACUAUCUUGCUCACGCCAACACAAAUGUCACGAUUAUUGUUCAGAUCGAGUCAAAGUUGGGUGUUGAAAAUUGUGAAGCCAUCGCUUCAGUGGACGGCAUCGAUAUGCUUUUUAUUGGGCCUAAUGAUCUCGCUUCCUCUAUGGGAUACGUCGCCUUUGAUCAUCCCAAGAUCCCUAAAGUCCAGGAAGCAAUCCAGCGAGUGCUCGUUGCUGCCAAAGCCGCCGGUAAAUAUGCCGGACAUUUCGCAUUAUCCGCCGAGACUGCGGCGAAGAAAUACAAACAAGGAUUUGAUUUUGUGAACUGUGGAGCAGACAUUGUCGCUGUGACGGCCUGGAUGGCAACAGAAAUAGCAAAUCUGAAAGCAAAGACGGCAACAGAGCAGAAAGGUUCUGAUCCUGGUGCUCCAGCUACGAAUGGGUACAAGUAG